AUGGCUUAUGGUCUGCCAAGAAAGAACACUGUGAAAACCAUUUUAGGGGGCAGUUGUUAUAAAGUACAGGAACCUUGGGAUCUUGUACUGCUUACAAAAACCUGGUACACAAACCUAACCAAAAUAAAGUUGCCUUUCCUGGAAGAAAUUACAUUUGGUAGUCCUUUGCACCUAAACAAAUGUAAAACCAUGAAGGAUGGUCUGCUCCCAUCUGCAGAAUCCAUAAAACUUGAAAGGGAGCAUGAAAUGAAGCACUUGAAUAACCUGAAAUGUCAGGAAAAUGCAGCUAAGGAAAUUCAGUUUUCCCUAAGGGGAAAGCAAGUUGGUUUGAGAAGACCUCUUCCUCCCAAGUAA